GCAGACCCGGGAGCUCAGACCGGCGAGCGGCGGCAAGAGGCGGCGGCGCUGGGCGGCGCCGAGGCCCAGGGGCCGCCGGAGCCAGCGGGAGCCCGUGCCCAUCGUCUCACCUCGCCCCCCACCCUGUCGCCGGCAUCGGUCCCAGCGGCACGGAGAGAAAGGUCCCCAAGAUGGCAUAGUGAUGAAGGCACCUUCCAAUGAUCGGAACGUCUUUACCCGAGGGUGCCUGCCUGGGCCCGUGGCAUCGCGUUUAGCCAAAGGAACUUGUCUACCACUUCCCGGAAAACGUCUUUCUCUCCUAAUUCAUGAGCCAGCAGGAUGUGGUCGCCGCGCUUUCAGAACGCCUGCUCAUAGCUGCAUACAAAGGCCAGGCGGAGAAUGUGGUUCAGCUCAUCAACAAGGGUGCCAAGGUAGCGGUUACCAAGCAUGGCCGGACGCCCCUGCAUCUUGCUGCCAAUAAGGGCCAUCUUUCUGUGGUCCAGAUCUUGCUGAAGGCUGGCUGCGACCUCGAUGUCCAGGACGAUGGCGAUCAGACCGCCUUGCACCGGGCCACGGUGGUGGGGAACACCGAGGUCAUCGCGGCGCUCAUCCAGGAGGGCUGUGCUCUGGACCGACAGGACAAGGACGGGAACACGGCCCUGCACGAAGCGUCCUGGCACGGUUUCAGCCAGUCUGCCAAGCUGCUCGUUAAAGCGGGAGCCAACGUGCUUGCCAAGAACAAGGCCGGGAACACGGCUCUGCACCUGGCCUGCCAGAAUAGCCACGCCCAGAGCACGCGCGUCCUCCUGCUGGGCGGCUCCCGCGCCGACCUCAAAAAUAACGCAGGCGACACCUGUUUGCACGUUGCUGCGCGCUAUAAUCACUUGUCCAUCAUUAAGCUCCUCCUCAGUGCUUUCUGUUCUGUCCAUGAAAAGAACCAGGCUGGAGAUACAGCACUUCAUAUUGCUGCUGCCCUAAAUCACAAGAAGGUGGUUAAAAUCCUACUGGAAGCCGGAGCAGAUGGGACCAUUGUCAAUAACGCAGGCCGGACUCCACUGGAGACUGCCCGCUACCACAAUAAUCCAGAAGUUGCUCUCCUCCUCACUAAAGCGCCCCAGGUCUUGCGCUUCAGUCGUGGGCGAAGCCUGAGGAAAAAGAGAGAGAGGCUCAAGGAAGAGAGGAGAGCUCAGUCUGUGCCGAGAGAUGAUGUGGCACAAAGCAAGGGAAGUGUCUCAGCAGGAGACACCCAUAGCAGUGAACAGGCUGUACCCGGAAAAGAAGAGUCGAGAGAAGAUUUCCCGUCCGCCUCCCCGGAGCCCAGAGCAAAGGACAACAGGCAGAAAAAGUCAAGGCCCAAGGCGUCAGCGUUUUCUGACCCCACCCCACCAGCAGACCAGCAGCCUGGACAGCAGAAGAGCUCGCACACUCACAGUCACCCUAAAAAGAGGCCCAGGCAUCGCUGUUCGCCCCCAGCCGCCCCCCACGAGUUCAGAGCGUACCAGCUCUACACGCUGUACCGGGGCAAGGACGGCAAAGUGAUGCAGGCGCCAAUAAAUGGCUGUCGAUGUGAACCCCUGAUCAACAAGCUGGAGAAUCAGUUGGAGGCAACUGUGGAGGAGAUCAAAGCAGAGCUGGUGUCGGUUCAGGAUAAGAUGAACACGAAGCUGGGGCACAUGGAGAAUAAGGCCCAGCACCAGAUGCGGGUUCUGGACAAGCUGAUGGUUGAGCGACUCUCAGCAGAGAGGACGGAGUGCCUGAACCGCCUGCAGCAGCACUCGGACUCAGAGAAGCAUGAGGGAGAGAAACGGCAGAUGUCCUUGGUGGAUGAAUUAAAAACUUGGUGCAUGUUAAAGAUUCAGAAUCUGGAGCUGAAGCUUUCUGGAGAUUCUAGGGCCUCCAGGACUAAAUCCACACCAUCCACUUGCGAGUCCUCCACAGGUGUGGAUCAGUCACUGGUGACCGCAGGUCCAGUAGCAGCCUCUGACAGCCCCCCUCAGGUGGUCAGGCCCAAGGAAAAGGCCCUCAGCUCCACAGCCGCCCACAGACUCCAGCAGGAGCUGUCUUCCUUGGACUGUACAGGCUCCCGACUGAGGAAUGUCAAGGUCCAGACAGCCUCGUUACCCUUGAAAGAGGCAGCCAAGUGCGACCCGCAGGCUGGGCCCUGUGUUGACAGAGGCACCCAAACCAAGAAGUCUGGGAAAGGUGGGCAGACGAGGCACCGCGGCCAGCAGCCAGCACCCAGCACUGCCUGCGGGCGGCCGCCACCAGCAGCAGGUGGCGAGCAGACGGCCCCUCACGCUCGAGACACCUCCCAAGCGCUGGAGCUCACCCAGUAUUUCUUUGAGGCUGUUUCCACCCAGAUGGAAAAGUGGUAUGAAAGGAAGAUUGAAGAAGCACGAAGCCAAGCCAGUCAGAAAGCCCAGCAAGACAAGGCCACGCUGGAGGAACACAUUAAAAGUUUAGAGGAGGAACUUGCUAAACUAAGGACUAAGCAGUUCUAUUCUGGCCAACAUCUUAAUGACCAUGGUUCCACAUGUGAGAAGAAACUGCUAAAUAAAUCUUCUCUUGGGCUAAACAACGGACUUGGCCUAUAAUUCAGGAGAUACGCAAAGAUUUCUAGAUUCCCAGUGGUGAUCUUUUUGGAAAGUCCUCUUGAGUAUCAGAUGCAACACAUCUGAAGAACAUACCUCAACAACCCUGAGGGUUAAUGCAGAAGGACUUUCCAAGGAAGCUCCAUGGU